CGUGUCCCAUAGUGCCCCGCGCUGUUCCCGGUGGUGCCUCACGGCGGACGGAGCGGCCGGGCCGGGCCGGGCCGGGCGGACACGAUGUCGCGGCAAGGCGGGCGCGGCACCGAGAGCAAGAAAAUGAACUCGGAGCUGUUCACGCUGACCUAYGGCGCCCUGGUCACCCAGCUCUGCAAGGACUAUGAGAACGAUGAUGAUGUCAACAAGCAGCUGGACAAAAUGGGUUACAACAUCGGUGUCCGGCUCAUCGAGGACUUCCUGGCCCGUUCCAAUGUUGGGAGAUGCCAUGAUUUCCGUGAAACUGCCGAUGUUAUUGCAAAGAUUGCAUUUAAGAUGUACCUGGGCAUCACUCCAAGCAUCACCAACUGGAGUCCUGGGGGUGACGAGUUCUCCCUGAUCUUGGAAAACAACCCCUUGGUGGACUUUGUGGAGCUCCCUGACAACCAUUCAACCCUCAUCUACUCUAACCUGCUCUGUGGGGUGCUGCGAGGUGCCCUGGAAAUGGUGCAGAUGGCUGUGGAUGUGAAGUUUGUCCAGGACACCCUGAAGGGUGACAGUGUCACAGAAAUACGGAUGAAGUUCAUCAGGAGGAUUGAAGACAACCUUCCAGCUGGGGAAGAGUGACCCAUGGCCCCAUCUCCCUGGGGACUGGAGGGACCAGCUGGGUUUGSCCAUUAGCUUUCCUCACAGAUCCAUAGGGAUCUCCUGCCCCUGCACACUCAGACUGACUCAUUGACUGUUGCAGAUGUUAUUUUCUUCUAGUCUCACUUCCACCCUCUGUAGAAGACAAUUGUCUUUUGGCGUUUAUUUCCCAGGUUCAUUCUGAAGCUUUUUCAUCAGGUGAUGUCCUUUUCCUUCCCCUGGUUGCUCAAUUUCCAGUUGUGACCUGGGUUGUGUGAGAACAACGGCUCAGACUCCAAGAGGGCUCCAGUCUCUUCACAUCUGGAUUGGUGUCAGAUGGCAGAAUUGGAGACCAAGCUACGAGAGCCCACUGAAUCCCUGCUAAACCCCAUCCUUCCUUAAAUGAGGUGUUUAAAAUCCAUUUGGAGAUAAUUGUGUAGUGUUUCUGUAGACCAAACUGGCUUCCUGCACUUGAUUCUGAAGUCAGAAUACAGGCUCUGCUCGGGGGGCUGUGACACCACAGAAAUUGGGGAAUCCCAUGGCCUUUCCAGUGUCCCUCCCCCAGAAGCCUCACCACUCCCCUCUUGGGAGGCAGGGAGGUCAAACUCCAGUGGAGCAGCAAGAAAUACUUUACAUGGAGAAAGGAAAGAGUGGCUAAAAUGGCAUCAGUGCUCCACAGCAGGCACAGCCCAGGGCUGUGGGGUGAGAACCAUACUCAGGCUGAAGCCUGAGAGGUGUUAAAGGCAUUUCAGACUCUGUUCUGCUGUUGAAGGGUGUGAAGGUGGUGCUGGGGUUUGUUCUCACUGGUGUUCAGGCUACAGCAGUAUUUCCCAUUCUCUAUCUGCA